AUGGCAGAGAGGCGUGCAGUGAUAAAGAAUGCUGAUAUGUCUGAAGAGAUGCAGCAAGAUGCUGUUGAUUGUGCAAAUCAGGCUAUGGAAAGAUUUAACAUCGAAAAAGACAUCGCAGCCUACAUCAAAAAAGAGUUUGACAAGAAAUACAACCCAACCUGGCAUUGCAUUGUUGGAAGAAACUUCGGCAGUUAUGUUACUCACGAAACAAGACACUUUAUUUACUUCUACUUGGGACAGGUCGCGAUUUUACUCUUUAAAUCUGGCUAA